GAGUCGGAAGCUUCAGAUCAGAAAUAUCCCGCCUCACUUGCAGUGGGAGGUGCUGGAUAGUUUGUUAGCUCAGUAUGGAACAGUGGAGAACUGUGAGCAAGUGAACACUGACACGGAGACUGCAGUUGUAAAUGUAACGUAUGGCAAUAAGGACCAGGCUAGACAAGCAAUAGAAAAACUGAAUGGGUUUCAGCUUGAAAACUAUUCCUUGAAAGUUGCGUACAUCCCUGAUGAAAUGGCAGCUCAGCAACCUCCACAACAACAUCCCCAGGGAAGACGUGGAUUUGGACAAAGGGGUCCUCCACGGCAAGGGUCACCUGGCGCAACCACAAGGCAGAAACCACAGUCGGAUGUUCCUCUACGGAUGCUGGUUCCUACACAGUUCGUAGGAGCCAUUAUCGGGAAAGAGGGAGCGACAAUCAGAAACAUUACAAAACAGACACAGUCCAAAAUUGAUAUUCAUCGUAAAGAGAAUGCAGGUGCUGCUGAGAAACCAAUUACCAUCCACUCAACUCCUGAAGGCUGCUCAACGGCUUGUAAAAUUAUUAUGGAGAUCAUGCAAAAGGAAGCUCAAGAUACUAAAUUUACAGAAGAAAUUCCCUUGAAGAUACUGGCACAUAACAACUUUGUUGGCAGACUUAUUGGCAAAGAAGGAAGAAACCUGAAGAAAAUUGAACAAGACACAGAUACUAAGAUCACGAUAUCUCC